AUGACAAGUGUAUGGCGACGAAUACAACAGUCGAAUAAGAAAUCAGCUAAAUAUCGUUUCACCAUCACGCCACAAGAAUUAUUAAUAUUAUGUUCUUCAAAAUGGCAUCCUCAAUUUGUCUGUAUAACUUGCAUGCACAGAAGACGUAAAGUAGAAGGACGAGUACGGCGCUGGGAGGGUAGCAUUAGCGAUCCAUGUCGUGGUUUAAUCGUCUGGCCAUCGCAGACACCGGACCCGUUACUUUUCGACACAACUCUUUAUUGUGAAGAUGAAUUGACUCAUCAAUUUAAGGACAAGGAAUGGAUUUUAUUAGUUGAAGAGUGUACUAGGAAAGGCAAACGCAAAGCAAUUGCCGCUGUUAAUUUAAAUAUGUCUCUUUUUGUUCAAAGUGUAGAAACAGUGGCUGAGCUAAAAUUGAAAUUGCGACCAUUGUGGCCAGAAUUACUGCAGUGCUCAAUGCAAAUUUUGAUAUCAUCAGUACUUAUCAGCAGUGAAGAGAUGAAUAAUAUUGAUAUAAAAAGUGAAGUGUCAAGUAUCAGCGGUGGACAUGGAGUUAGUAUCGCAGCUGAUGCUGUGGAAAGUGAACAGCAUACAAGUAAUGUCAGAGUAGGUUAG